UUACGGACUCUGAAACGAAGACUUAAAUCUUACAAUUUAAGUAGAAGAAAGGAAACAGUGCCGGAAGAUCAUAUACGAAAUAUUGUAAGAAAUGAGAUGCAAGGUUCGGGAUGCUUAGCUGGCUACCGGAAGAUGUGGUAUAUACUUAAAUUCAAGCAUCACCUACAUGUACCACGAAAGCUGGUACAAAAUAUUUUAAAGGAGCUAGAUCCCGAGGCAAGUGAACUGAGAAGACAAAAAAAGCUCAAAAGGCGUAGAUAUUUAUCGUGUGGACCCAAUCAGUGCUGGCAUAUUGAUGGAUAUGAUAAGCUGAAACCAUUUGGAUUCCCAAUACAUGGUGCAGUGGACGGUUUCAGUAGGAAGGUUCUCUGGCUUGAAGUCACGAGGUCAAAUAAUUUGCCAGAAGGUGUGGCUACUUUCUACUUUGAAGCUGUUAGACAGAACAAAGGAUGCCCUUUACAGACUCGUAGUGAUUGUGGAACGGAGAAUGGUAUAAUUGCAGCAGCUCAGUGUUACUUUCGGUCGCAUGAUAAUGGACCAUUUUGUGGUGAGCAAGCUCAUGUAUUUGGUACAUCUCCAUCAAACCAACGAAUUGAGAACUGGUGGUCACAUUUCAAGAAAACAUGCUCCGGUUGGUGGGUUCAGUUUUUUAAAGAUCUUUGUGAGGAAAAACAGCUUAAUUUAGAUGAUGAAUUCACAAAAGAAUGUUUAUGGUUUUGCUUUAUUGGUGUGUUGCAAAAGUCCCUUGAUGAAACUCAGCUCUACUGGAACACCCACUAUAUACGACAAUCCCGUCAUGAAACUGUGGCUGGAGUGCCAGAUGUUUUAUAUGCAAUUCCUGAGGAAUAUGGAGCUUUUGACUGCCGAGUCAGAGUUACACAACAAGAUUUGCAAGUAACUGAGGACAAUUGUAACUAUGAUGAAUCUUUGAAUGAUAACAUUUUUCAACAGUACUUUCAUUAUUUAGUGGAUUUGCAAAGAUUACAAUAUCCGGAAAAUCAUGAUGAAGCUUCAGAAUUAUUUUCACAACUUAUGACAUUUAAUGUGUGAUUUAAAAUUUUUACUAUCAGCAUGAACAAAAAUGAAUACAAGCCAGACAAAAACAGGUAAUUUACCAGCUGUAGCUGACUAUAUAACAAGGAAUCAGUAAAAUGUAUUGAACUGU